AUGUUCAUCACGAUCUUGACGACAUCGAUAACGGAAUCGGGAGCGAGAGCUAUACCAACGACGAACAUAUCGGUAGGCCUAACCGAAGUUUUGAAAAACGAUGUGCAAACGUUAAGAAACCUAGUGCAAGAUACGUGGGAUAAUUACACGAUUGAAAGGUUUAAUAACUCGCGACAUUUUAUGAACCACCAAACUCACCCAGAUCUUGUACAACACACUGAAGCUUUCACUAGAAAUUUGUCAGUGACCAAGCAUUUUGCAGAGUACUUCAGUGAUCUAAUUAGCUACACCGCUGGUAUGAAGUGCGUCAACGAUACAGAGGAACUGCUGUCGUUACCGAACAAUUUUAUGGACGCUUGUCGAGAUAUUAUUAGAGCAAUCAUCCAUGUGAAGCACAGUAUUCACAACUAUCUUCAGUAUAACGGUGAGGGCAGCCUUCUGACUAAUAUUACUGGCGGUGAAUUCAAUUGUUCUGGAUUGUCAGAUAGUGUUAGUGACGUCAAUCGCAUCGACCAGAACGCCAUCAUACUUGAUAACUUUUCGUUAUUCAUGAGUGUAAUGUAUAAUGACGUCAUAAAAUUACAUGCUUGCACUGAUAAACCUGAAGCUUAUGCUGUUUGUCAAAGUGUAUGA